AUGGCUUUUCUCAAAAAUCAAAAAGCAGUAUUCAGCAGUCUUCUCGCUAUUGCGGGUGGAGCAACAGCUUUCGCCUACUUUUAUCCGUAUAAUAGAGACGUUGCAUUGGUGAAUCUUCAGAUCAAUGAAGCUGAUGCAUCUACUGUUAAGAAACUCGAGGAAGCAUUCCAGAGGUUGCAGAAGGCUGAAGAUUGUCAUUCAUUACUGAAAAAGCACCUCAGUCGCGAUGUACUAGACCAGCUGAAAUACAAAAAGACAAAAUUGGGCGCUACUCUCUAUGAUAUUAUUCGUUCAGGCGUCUUUAACUUGGAUGCGAAUGUGGGCGUGUACGCUUCAGAUAGUGAAUCUUAUAAGACAUUCGCAGCACUCUUCGAUCCGAUCAUCGAGGAUUAUCAUGGUUUUUCGCCGAAUCAAAAACAUCCAAAAGUCGAUUUGGGUGUUGGCCGAACUGCUGAUUUCCCUCCACUCGAUCCUGACAACAAAUACAUUCUUUCGACAAGAAUUCGAUGUGCUCGUACAGUGGCCGGCUAUCCAUUCAAUCCUUUAUUGACACAGGACGAUUAUCUGAUUUUAGAGCAGAAGGGAAGCGAUUUAUUUUCUUUUGUGUUGUUUAAGGUGAAGAAUAGCUUGUCAUUAUUGGACGGUGAACUGAACGGAAAUUAUCAUCCGUUGGAAGGAAUGAGUAAAGAGGUGCAGAGUCGGUUAAUACAAGAGCAUUUCCUCUUUAAAGAGGGUGAUCGUCACUUGAAAGAGGCUAAGGCGUGCAAUUAUUGGCCUAAGGGUCGCGGUAUUUUCCAUAAUAAAAACAAAACUUUCUUGGUAUGGGUGAAUGAAGAGGAUCACUUACGGUUAAUUUCAAUGCAAAAAGGUAGCGACGUUGGUGAGGUACUCGAUCGACUCAAUCGAGGUAUUCAGUUGUUACAAUCGAAAUUGUCAUUUGCUCAUGACGAUCGCCUCGGUUGGUUGACGUUCUGUCCAACGAAUCUCGGCUCUACGAUCCGUGCGUCAGUGCAUAUUAAGUUACCAAAACUCUCCAAAAGAGAUGAUUUCAAGGAGAUAUGCGAAAAGCUGAAUUUACAAGCACGUGGUGUUCACGGGGAGCACUCGAAAAGCGAAGGAGGAGUAUACGAUAUUUCAAACAAGAACCGUCUCGGUAUCACGGAGUAUGAGGCUGUGAAACAGAUGUAUGAUGGAGUUAAAGAAUUAAUUCGACUGGAAGAACAGGAAAAGUAG